AUGUCCCCCUUCCUCCCAAUUGACCAAGCAAUCGCUCACUUCAAACAGAACAAGUUCAUCAUUGUCAUGGAUGAUGAGUCCCGUGAAAACGAAGGUGAUUUAAUAUGUGCCGCCGAAGGUAUUACCACUGAACAAAUGGCCUUCCUGGUGCGUCACUCAUCCGGUUACGUGUGUACCCCUAUGACUAACGCUGUCGCUGAUAAAUUGGAUCUACCAUUACUCAGAACAGGUAUGAAAUACGCCUCAAAUGCAGAUGACAGACAUGGUACUGCUUACACUAUCACCGUGGAUGUCGCUGAGGGUACGACCACUGGUAUUUCUGCUCAUGAUAGAACUUUAACUUGUAAAGCUCUAGCUAAUGCUAAGUCUACUCCAACUUCAUUCUUGAAACCAGGUCAUAUUUGUCCCUUAAGAGCCGUAGAUGGUGGUGUUCUUAAGAGAAGAGGUCACACGGAAGCCGCCGUGGAUCUUUGUCAACUAAGUGGAUUGGCACCAGUUGGUGUCAUUUGUGAAUUAGUCAAUGAUAGAGAUGGGUCUAUGAUGAGAUUGGAUGAUUGUUUGGAAUUCGGUAAGCAAAACGAUAUCCCAUUGAUUUCCAUUGAAGAUUUGGCUGCUUAUUUGCAGAAGCAAAAUUAA